GUUACAGGGAAUCACGGAUCCAGGUGAGUUGACUGACUGGUUGGUUACAGGGAAUCACGGAUCCAGGUGAGUUGACUGACUGGUUGGUUACAGGGAAGUCAUGGAUCCAGGUGAUUUGACUGAUUGGUUGGUUACAGGGAAUCAUGGAUCCAGGUGGGUUGACUGAUUGGUUGGUUACAGGGAAUCAUGGAUCCAGGCUUCUCUGAGUCUGAGGUGGCUAUGAUGACCCCUGACCCUUCAGAAGACAUGGCUGAUCGACUGGACCUGUCCGUCUCGUCCAUCGACAUGACCGGCACCUCUCUGGCCGUGCACGAGGAAAAGGACAGCAACAACAUCUCCGGCAUCGACGAGCUGGGUGACGGUGAGCUUCCUGAGACGCCACCAGAGAACUGGAUGGAGACUGAACAUCGGGAGUCUCUUAUCAUGCCCACCGAAUCACAAGACCAAGCGUCCGAAUUCGCUGGAUCUCCUGACACGGUUGUGGAGGCUCCAUUCGCCCCCCCUCCUGUCGUUGAGUCCCUCGCCCCUCUUGUUGAUGCUGAAGCUUCUCUCCCGGACCCAGACAUCACCUCUUUGUCCCCCUCCCCUCCCCUGGACCUCCUGCCCCAGGACCAGCUCCUGCUUCAGCCCCAGGUCAGUGACAUCUUGGUGGGGGACUCACUCACUCAGGACAACGUCACAUUGGGUGGAACACCACCAGAGCCAAUGGUAGAGCCUGACGUCAUCAGCUCACUGGAGCAACUCUCUGUGGAGCAGUCUGAAACCGCCGCGGCGGAACACCACCAUGACGACCACGAGUGUUGCCAUGACCACCACGAGCAUGAGGUCAGCAACCAGGAAGUGGAGGAAGGGUAGGUUUGUGUGUGUUCUUUCCGGGUCUGGUCACUGCCUGAAGAAACACUAGCAGAGAUACUGAGCAGUCAAACAACAUGGGAAAUGUUCAGGACACUGGUGAUAAGACCUGGGGUGAUGUAUUGAGAUGCAACACUAAUAGAACCAGAUAGAAAUGUAAUGAAUUUAACUGACACGCUUCCCCAAUUUUAUAUGAUGACAAUGGAUGUCUGUUCUAUCUGAACGCGCUGAACAGGCCUCUGGUAUAUGAGUGAUGGCGAGCGUACAGUCUAUGGUCCAAGAGAACGUUGUACAGUUUUUAUUUUUUUUUAACGACUGGUUGGAUGGGUCACGAGAGAGAUCAUGGUAGAAAUGCAUAACAAUAGCUCUCUUGUAUUUUUGGGUGUAGGAUCCUAUGUUACAAGUUCAGCUUAAUGUUCCGAUUUAGCCGUAAGGUUUGCAAUGUUAUGAACAUUUUGUAGUUUGUUUUCGUGUAAAAAAAAAUAAUAUUUUUUUAUUAUGGUUUUAGAUUUCUUAAAAAAACAAAUCUAUUAAUGGAAUGGCCGUGUGAAAGAUCCAAAGAUAAUUACACACACACAGAUAAAUACAUUCAUUAUAUAUUGUUGAACUACUUUAUAAUAAUAAUAAUAUAAUAUAUGCCAUUUAGCAGACGCUUUUAUCCAAAGCGACUUUAUAGAAUUCACUACGACAAACCAGUGAUGUAUAAACUUAAAGCAUAGUUGCACCUUUUGAAUAUUUGAUUUGUGACGACGACAAACUUAAAAAAAGAAUUUUAGUCCUGUAAUUUGACUUCCUGUUGAAAUACACUACUUGACAUACGAGUGGACCUCAUAGGCCUGGGUCUAAUACAUUCAAAUACUUGAGCCGCGCUUGAUUUAGUUUGCCAGUAGGCUUGCAUGGCCCUCCUUCCAAAUCCCGACUCGAACUUGAGAAGCCUGGGCUUCCGAGGUUAGUUUGCCAGGUACCAUGGAAUAGUCUCAAAAGUGCAAACUUCAAGCUAAAUUAAGCGCAUCUCAAAUGUUUUUGGAACAUUUUUAGAUACAUACUUGACCCAGGUUCAGUACCUGAACAGUACCAUUUAUAUAAUCAAUCGGGCACAGCUUUUCUUUGCUCUCAUCAUUUGGAAGUGAGAAUUUGUUCCUGACUUACUUGCCUAGUUAAAUAAAGUUUUAAUAAAUAACCUUCACACUUCAGCAAACAAAAUGAUUAGAAGCCAUGUGAAGGACUUACAAAACAGACUAGGGAGAAAGGAGUUGGAGUACUCUACACAAAAGGCUGAAUUUGUAUGUUUUUAAUUUAGGUCACUUUUAAUCCAUUGUACAGGAUGAGAACAGGCGACGUCAUCCUUGGUUACUGUUAUAGGAAUCCAUGUUUUAAAUUAAGUUUUUAAAAUAUAUGAAACGGUCAUUGUUUUUAAUGCAUCAAAUAUAGCAAUUGUUGUUAGUUCUGUGUUCACAAAAUAGAGACAUUUUUAAUGUGGGAUCAGGUUGUAGUUUUAGUUCUUUUAAAAACUCAAGAAAGUUGAAUCUGUACUUAAGGUAGACCUGUUCUCAAUAAGUUACAGUGCAUUUAUUUGUUAGACUAUUUUCUGGAUUUCUGUAGCGUAAAGGGCCAGAUUCAAUCCGAUGGCGUUUGGUCGGCGACGCACCUUUUUUAUAAAGUCAAAGUUCCUGUGUUCGCAGAGACCAUUCACCAACGUUGCAUAUGUUGACUCAAUAGUAAACUACCUUUGAAUGUAAAGCGUGCUAAAUCUCAAAUCUACCGAAUGAUCGGAUUGAAUCCCAGCCUUUGUUGCAGGGCAUUUUAUUUGUCAUUUUAUGGGUUUCUGUACACCCUAGGUGAAAGGUCAUUAUUUUGUAAACAUACAGUAGGGAAAGUCUCAUUCCUCCAUGUUACCUCUUAUCUGUGUCAUUUUUGAUCUAUGCAAUUGUCAGCCAUGUUUGUAUUUUUUCUUUUUUUUUUAAGCUGUAGGCAACAUACUGUAGCCAUCAUGGAAGUUAUCUGUAAGCUGGAACCACAGACAAUACUGUAUCAGGGUUGAUAAUUUAAAUUCCAUUUAAAUUAGUCAGUUCAGGAAGUACACUGAAAUUUCCAAUUCUCUUAAAUUCUUUCUGAAUUGACUUGACCACAACCCUGUGCAGUAGCUUCUGAUUUAAAUAGUGACACUACUGUUGUUAGUUUAAUAUAAAUGCUUUUCUGUAAGAGAAGGUUCUUUUGGUUUUCUUUUUUGAUUUAGGCUAGGCACUUAGUUGUGAGAAAUGAGGGGAGGGGAAAUAUUUUAUCAAUGGAGAGUUUAUUGUUAAUGAGUGCAAAUGAAAUUCUAAUUGUGAAAAAUUGAUUAUUAUUCUCUGUAAAGCUUCUGCUGCAAAAAUGGAGUCGCUUCUAGUCACUGGAACAAAAAAAUAAAAAUGGUCAAUUUUA